CGAUAUCACUGGUGCUAUAUCUUUGGGGUGGAAAAGUCAGCAACAUGAGUCAAGUGUCAGUUUUGGAUGUGUUUGAAGACAUGCCAGCCCAGGACAGCACAUCUUUCCCUGACCCUGUUGGAGCUGAAGGGGGAGACUGUGUGGUGUGUGGAGACAAGGGCUCUGGCUUUCACUAUGGCGUGUACAGCUGUGAGGGAUGUAAAGGGUUCUUCAGGAGAACUGUGACAAAGGGUUACGUUAAGGCAUGCAAGUCAGGGAGUAAGUGUAACAUGGACAUGUACACCAGGAGGAAGUGUCCUGAAUGUCGUCUCCGCUCAUGCAGGGCUGCUGGCAUGAGAUCAGACUGUCUUCUUACCCAGGCUCAGUGCAGGUCAAAGUUCCUUUAUCGCAAAAAAACUGAGGCACCAAAAUCAGACCAUCCCAUUUCAUCACCCAAUCAGGAAGUGCCUGUUCAGUCACCAUCCAAUCAGAGCACUGGGACAGAUGUGCAGCAGCAACAGAACCAAGUCAGCAACAUUUCCAACCAAUCAGAGCCCUGUAGUUUGGGACAAGUAUCAGUUCCAUCUACCAGUAGCACUCAACCUUUUGAGACUGUGCCUGAACCAGUCUCUUUCUCACAACUCAAUGACAGCAAUGGCACCAACUUGCUUGAUGAAAUCAUGUCCUCAUUUAUGGAUUUUGGCUCUGAGAACCCGGCUGUGUUAACUCGAAAUGACUCAACAGGAAGUGAUGACAUGCUUUCCUUCUUAGCGCUCCUUGCAAACGACACACAGUCAAUUGAUGAGAAUGAUCUUGACCCAAGCAUAGGGUUGUUUGAUGAAGUCCCUGCAACUACACCAAUCCAGAACAACAGCUCCAUCGAGCAUGCUGAAAACCUUCUCUCACUUCAGAGAGGUGAAGCAAACUUGGUAGUCCAAGCAAAUGUUUCUGCAUCAACCAACGGGCAAGCAUCAGAGGAGAACUCUGAAUCGUCCACAAGUGAUACACCUACAGAAAGUGUCAAUCAAACUACCAACACUCAGGGUCUAAAAGCAACCCUUCAGCUUUCCCCAAAACAUCAGUCAAUUGAUGAAGAGCAGGCAACUGAGGAGCAUACAUGCAGCUUACUUUUUGGAGAAGGUCCAGGGAAGAUUAAAAGAAUUGCAAGGCCAGAUGCUGUUCAAAAUCUUUCCCCAGAGUAUCAAGCAAUUGUUUCAGAAAUUUCUACCUUUCGGAAGAAAACGUUUGCAAGGGAUCACAAGAUGAUGAGCGAUCUGUUCAAGAGAAGCAGUCAAGAUAUCAGCAACAAAGAAAGGCAGGCUCGUUUUGUUGCUCACAUGGGCGUAGUGGUGGAGAAGAUGGUUGAGUUUGUCAAGACUGUUGUUCAUUGCUUUCAAGAUCUCUGCAUUGAGGACCAGAUUGCAGUCGUGAAGGCAUCCUUUUUCGACUGCUGCAUGAUAAGGGUUCCUGUCGUGUUGGCAAACUUCAAUAAUGGUGUUCAUGUCCUGCAACGCAUCUUACAGGCAGUACAUACUGAAGUGUUCAAUGCCACCCUGAUGAAGUGGUAUGAAGGGAUGCUGGACCUGAAAAUAGACAUGACUACACUGGACCUCCUGCAGUGUGUGAUAGUAGUUUCUCCUGAUCGGCCAAAUAUCAAAGGGCGUGACAUACUGGAACAGUCGUAUGCACAGUACAUCGAGUGUCUGACGUGCUUACUGCAAAGUCGCCUACCCAGAGAACCGCUUGAUGUUUCCACGCCUGCUCAGUAAGCUGACUGAAGUUCGCACUAUUGGCACAGCCUUUGGGAGAAGCGUCAGUUCCGAGUGCCAGUCCAUCAUCAGAGAACAUCCCCUGGUUUCUGAGAUUUGGAACCGCGACUGAUGUAAGGGAUUACAACUGUUGAAUUCAAAGGUUUUUUCUAGCCUUAUGGUGGGGACGUAAUUCCAUUAUCUGUAUCAUAAUAGAAGUAUGCCAAUUAUACCUCUCAAGAUGACAACAUGACCAUAAUGUUUGUAGCUGCAAAUUUUUUUCAAGUAAUGAAUUGACUACUAAAACCUUUCCGUGUUUGGGCUGGCUGGGGCCAAUGCUUUACAUGCACAGUGUUUGGAGUGAGAGGAGUUUUAAAUAUUGAUGUUUGAUUUGUGUACAGGUCAGUCAUUAUUUCUCGUUUUAAUAAGUUGAUGAAAAGAUUGUGACUUUGCUGUAUUUCAAUUGAGGAUUUGAGCUAUUGAACCAUUCUUGUAAAUUUGCAUUAGAUACUGCAUUUGCCUGGAAUGAUUAAAUCCGUGUAACCUUGUAAUCAACGUGUUUGAUUAGCAAAAUACAAUUUUUAUUGGGAUUGCCAUUUGUACAAAGUUUAACAGACUUCUCAACUUUUGAAGUUGAAUGUAAUAUGGAGCAUACGAUUUUACACAGUAGUCAGCACUGGUAAUCUGAUUGAAUUUUUAAUUUAUGGAAGUUUCUUCUUAACUUUUUGUGGUUUGAGGGGCUAUCUUGAAUUACAUUGAGUACAUGUAUAUUGUACAUGCUAUAUAAGCAUGUGGAAGAGAUUGCCUCAUCUACAAAUUUGCUGCUAAUUUAACUUGUGAAGCUUAGACACUGCAGAAACAUGUAUGUAGAGUGCCUUAUGGUGGAACUGAAUUAUAGACAAGCAAAGUUAUACUUGUAGGGCUGUUUUUUGAAUGCAAAAUAUUUUACUUUACAAGCUGAUGUAACAUUACAUGUAUAUAUAUGUAUAUUCAUAUUAGCUGGGAUAACAUUUAGCAUACAUGUCAUGGUGACUUUAGUAAGAACCUCCUUGGUAAGAUCUACUAAUGCUGAAUAAUCCCUGAGGUAUGCACACGUACAAGAUAUUCUUAAGAAGGCCUCGAGAAAGCCAUUUUUCUAAUGUGGUCGUCUUAAUUAAUGUACGACUGGCAUACUGGUAAAUAAGAGCUAAAAUUACAGACAUACUGGACAUGUAUAUGUAUAUUGUAUAUCCCAUUGUAUCAAGUUGCCUGUAAUGUUGCAUAAUCUGUUGAACACUAAUACCUUUAUAUCAUAUGAGGUUGAUUUUCAACUCUACCUUUUAUACAAGCACUGCCUGCUCAUUGAAAUGUAAACAUAUUGGUUUUAAAUGAGUGUACUUGUUAUUAUUUUUUACAAUAAGGUAUUGGUAAUGUAGAAAGUAAGAUUGGUCAGCGGGUGGUGUUGUGUGGCUUAACUGUCGAAAGCCAUGCAUGAGAACAUAGCAUCGCAUUGUUCUUAGGGCUGACUACUUUUUUGCUGGCACUGA